GUACUAAAAAAAAAAAAAUAUCUAUUUAAAACAACCAAAAUUCUAGUGUUUUAACGACUGUUUAUUAAUAAUGUCAAAUUGUAAAAUACGAAUAUUGUAACAUUUACUCUCCUGAUCAGUUAAUUUGCAUAAUAAAAAAAAAAAAGGAAAAAAAAUUGCUAUUCAUCACUAUUUUUCUUCAAUGACUAUUAAAACAGGUUAAAAAGAUUUUAAUGGAACGUUAAAUAAUUUUUUUCACCUCCAUAUGGAAAACUAUGUGAUUUUUUAUGGAUUUUUUUGAACAAAUUUUUCUACAUAAACAAGUGCAAUUAAAUUUAAGUAAAAAGAGAGAAAAUUUGGAAACGUGUUAAAAAAAAAGAAGAAAAUUUUUUUAACAUUAAAUGCAGAAAAUAAAAAUUUUGAUCAGGAGACAAUAAUUUUCCAAUGCUGAAAUUUUGGUAUGGCCUCACGUUUAAGCCCUCGAAACUCGGAAGUAAACGCUCUUGAGCAACGUGGCUAUUUUCUUGGCAAAAAAAUUGGACAGGGUUCAUAUGCCACUGUUCAUUUGGCUGAAUUCUCAGAUGGCGUUAAUCCAAAGAAAAUGAAACUUGCUUGCAAAAUUUUUGAUAAGGAUAAAGCGCCUCCGGAUUUUUUAGAUAAAUUUUUUCCCCGCGAACUUGAAAUUUUAACGAAAAUUGAAAAUCCUCACAUUAUUCAGGUACACAGUAUUUUGCAACGUGGUCCAAGAGUUUUUAUUUUUAUGCGUUACGCUGAUAAUGGUGAUCUUUUGGAUUUUGUUAAAAAAAAGGGGGUAAUACCAGAGCAACAAGCAAAAUUAUGGUUUCGACAAAUGGCUUCCGGUUUACAUUAUCUUCAUGGCAAAAAUAUUGCACAUCGAGAUUUAAAAUGUGAAAAUAUUUUACUAUCACGAAAAUUUAAUGUGAAAUUAGCUGAUUUUGGAUUUGCAAGAUUUUGCAUUGAUGACGAUGGACGUCGUGUUUUGAGUCAAACUUAUUGUGGAUCAGCAGCGUACGCAGCGCCGGAAGUUGUAUCCGGUACACCAUACAAUCCAAAAUUGGCCGACGUUUGGUCAUUGGGCAUAAUACUUUAUAUAAUGUUAAAUGCCUCAAUGCCAUUUGACGAUUCAAAUUUACGAAAACUUUUAAAGGAUCAAAUGUCAAGAAAUUGGAUAUUUCGUUCACGUGUACGUGACGCAAUUACGUCACAGGCAAAAAGUAUCGUUAGACAUAUUCUUGAGCCCGAUAUUACACUUCGAUUAACAUUGGAUCGUGUAUUGGCGCACGAUUGGGUUCGUGUGAGAAAAGAUAAAAGUAAUUUAAUAGCUGGAAGACUUGUACAUUCGGCGCCUCCAAUUCGACCACAAAAUCCAAAUCAUUCGGAAACUGAUUCUAAAAUUGAAUCCGAAAGAAGUAGUGUAAUUGGGAAAUCAUUGAAAAAAUAAUGGACGUGAAAAAUAAAUUAAAAAAUAAUUCCUUCAAAUAACUCUCAAAAACAAAAUUCACAAGAACAAAAGAAAUUUUAUAUCGUAAUUUACUGUAACAAAAAUUUUUUUUUAUAACUUUACACCUUUUUUGAUAAUGGUAUUUCAUUUUUAUUUCUCUUUAAGAAAUAUGAUUUUUAAAAAUAUAUACUAGAAAUUGUUCUACUCUACCGACAGCUGAAAAAGUAGAUUUCUACUAUAUCGACCGUCGGUAAAGAAGAAAACCACACAAAAAGUAACAUUAUAGCAAAAGUGAUUAAAAAAUUUCCUAAAAUUAUAUACAAAUACAAUUUUGCAAAUAAAUAAAAAAAAAACUCA